GUCAUCUUACCACCAGAGAAUCUACCUUGGUUAAUGAAGCAGCCAGCAAGCGUGCUCAGCCAGCGUGAGAGUAACAAUGAGUUUCUCGCGGCCAAACACACGUUCUUAAACUGCGUUGCUGCCGAUGACAAUGAGUGGACAUUCGUGGUCAACCUCAUUAAAGAUAUUACCAAAGAACUCAAUAACAAGACCAACGACGUCAUCGAGGAGAUCCAAGCAGCCUUGAACGACCUCUGGGGCGAUGACACGAGAAGCUGGAGAGAGGUUGAGCUUUUGGACGUCUGCCUGGAGCUCAUGAGCCGUAUUGUCAGCCGCAUGUACGUUGGGCUGCCGUUAUGCCGGGACCCGACUUAUCUUGCCAGCUCAACUCAUUUUGCAAAGUUUAUCCUGCUUGAGGCUCUUCUUGCCCAGCUGACACCGAAACCUCUUCGACCGCUCCUGGGCCCUCUUCUGGCGCAGUACGACUGGAUGCAAUUCAAGCGUAUGGACCGUUGUGUCAAUCCCAUAAUCCAAGAGCGCGCACGACGGUUUGGCCACAUGGCAGAUGAUGAAAAGAGAAAUCCUGACCAACCAAGUGAUCUCCUGUCUCGUCUCAUGCAAGAGGCCUAUCGUCGCAAUGAUGACCCGUGUCGAUCCCAGAGCCACAGCAGCAAGCUCUUGGCCAUCCUCAACUGGGCUGCCAUUCAGGUCCAGGGCAUCACUCUGGAGAACGUCCUGAUUGACAUCGCUCACUCUCCUCAGAGCGUCAGUAUUCAGGACCAGCUGCGCCAAGAAGCCGCCGCUGCAGACAAUGCUGAUCCUUCCGUGCGCUGGACUCGAGCAGAAGUGUCCAAGUUGCCGAAGAUGGACAGUGUCAUGACUGAAAGUCUCCGCCUCUGGGGGUUCGCCCACGGCAUCAUCAAGGUGGUCGUUGCCAAGGAGGGCGUUGACCUCCCGACAGGAGAACACAUCCCGUAUGGAGCAAAGAUUGGAAUUGGGAGCUACGGCUUGCAUCACGACGCGGAGGUAUAUCCAGGAGAGUCGCCUUUUUCGUUUGAUCCUUUCCGAUUCUUGGACGAGAAAGCAGAAGCGCAGACAACGGGGCUCAAAUUUGCAGCAACUAGUGACACUUAUCUCGCCUUUAGCCAUGGCAGAUAUGCUUGUGCUGGCCGCUUCUUUGCCAACCAUCUACUCAAGCUGCUCUUGUCGCAGAUCGUGAUGCGGUACGACAUCAAGCCUGACGCAAAUCCUCGGCCUCAGAACCCUUGGUUUAGCUACGUCUCGCCACCACCUAUCGGAUACAAGCUCUCCGUGAGGAGGAGGAGGAGGCAGUAG